AUGGUUUUCUUGCGACCAACGAACAUGGCCUACCCAGCCAUCUGGCGCAGGUUCACCGUCAGACGCGACGGGAUUACUACACUCCUCCGCAUCCAAGACCUAACGGAGGACUUGCGUGGCGCUGCCUUGGCGCUAAUGGAGAAAUACUUCAUGAGUGAUGAGCCCCCCUGCAAAUUUAUAGGUAUUCACAACCACCCUCGAGCUGUGGCGGAACUGAAGAGUCUCUGGAACAAGUCGGUUAAGGACAAUCUGUCUCUAGUCUGCGUGAAGGACAACGAUGACAGUGACCCGACCGUGGUGGGAGUGAAUGUCCUGACCGUGAUCUCUAAAGCAGACAAGGAGGAAGUCUUUCAGUCGGACGACAAGGUCUGGUCCAUGCUGUUUGGGGCCGUGGACUUAGUGGCCAGGAGCGUGAAUAUAUUCGAGAAAUACGACGUGGACAAAUACUUGACUGCGUACGGACUGGUCGUGAACCCUGAGUGGAGGGGCCUGAAUAUUGGAAAAGAAUUGUUGGAGACGAGGAUCCCUCUAUGCAGAGCCAUAGGGGUGAAAGUGACAGCCACCGUUUUCACUGCUGGAGCUUCUCAAGCCGUAGCUAAGAAAGCUGGUUUCGAAGUCUUAUUCGAAAUAACAUACGAAGAACUAGCCAAGAAAGGCUUCGUAUUUCCGGGGAUUGAAAAAGACACGAAAUCUUCCAAGCUGAUGGCUCUUAUGAUUGAUUAG